AUGAAGUUUAGUCAACGGUUUCAAGAAUUCAUAUACUCGUUAAGCACAGACGACAAAUACUCCGAGUUUGACUCAAGAAAGUCCUUCAACAGAGUAAACAAACCAGAUUCAGAGAAUCUUUUGGGGAUGCACCAAGUGUACAGCAACUCAUCGGUGGACUCUGUCAACAACAUAAUUACAAACGAACCAAAUGACGGAUCUGAAGGUGUACACGAAAUGAGAUUAGCCUGGAGACAUAUAAAACACUGGUUGGUCAAGUAUGCUCCAGAUCUUAAUAGUUCGCUACUGAGCAAAUGCACAACGUCGGAUCUAGAGGACUUCCAAAAAGAUUUACGUAUCAAACUACCACAAUCCGUGUUGCAGUUUUUCAAAAUUACUGAUGGUCAACUGAACUUUGGCAACCAGUUGAAUAUAGACACAAAUGGUCUCAUAUUUGGUCUAAAGUUGAUGUCGUUGGACGAUAUAAUGAUACAAACUGAGAACUGGAGAAAAGUAGCUGAUUAUAUAAACACAGGUAUAAGCCAACAAUACCUGAAAACAAGUGAGCUAAGCAAAUUACCCGCCUCACAUGCUAAUUCGAGUCAGUACAAGAAGAAGUUGAAUCUCGGUACAAAUAAUGACUUGCCUCCUGCAAGGGCUUCGUUUGAUGUGACAGAUACACGGUCGAGACAAACUUCAGUCUCUUCUCAUGAAACGGAUUCAUCGGGAAGCAGAUCAUCACACAGUCACCAAGGAAUGCCAAAGCAAAGAUCAAUACCACCAAACACAAUCCAUGAAACUUUUGCUCACCCAAUGUGGAUUCCAUUGGUGACCGAUGAAGUGGGAAACUAUAUUGGAAUUGAUCUUUCUCCUCCUCCAGGUGGGAAAUGGGGACAAGUUAUUCUUUUUGGAAGAGACUUUGAUUUUAAGUUUCAGAUAGCCGAUACCUGGGGUGACUUUUUGUUGAUAUUUGCCAAUGAUUUGGAAAUGGGCAACUGGGACAUCAGAGCAAACCGAAAGAACAACGAUGGCGACUUGUUCAUUGGUAACGAAGGAGAAAUUGUUUAUGUGGAUAAAGAGGCCAAAGUGGAAGUGCCGUAUUUGGAAGUAUUGAAAAGAAGAGCGGUUAAGAAGUGGAUGACAAUGUUGGAAAAUGAGCCAAACGAGGAUUUCAACAAGGACUUGUUGGAUGAGUUGAAGCAAAAUGAAGUAUCGAUCCUCUCGCUACAUAACAAAGGUUUCCAGUCAGUUGACAGUUUUAUAACCAAACACUUGAACUUGUUGGAUCACGCGAAAACCGUACAUGCAUCACACAAUAAUGAUGAUGAUGAUGAAGAAACUGAGGAAAAGCCAGUACCAAAACCUACCAAUGCUGCACCGAGGGUGAAUCCGAAAGCAAGCAACCACAGGAGCCCAUUGUCACAAGAAGUUACAAGAGCAGACCCUGAGGGAGCUGAAGUAGACAAUGGCGACGACAAUAAGGUUACUGACAUUGAAAAAACUUUAGAAGAAGUAGAUAUUAGACAAUAA